GCACCAUCAAGGCCCUAUAGUCCUCGGCAAUAUGCAGAUCAAUAUCAUAGCCGCUGUGCCCCGGAACCGCAUCAUCGGCCGCAAUGGGACGCUGCCGUGGUCGCUGCCCAAGGACUGGAACUACUUUCUCAACACGGUCAAGGGUCACGUCUCGAUCAUGGGCAAGACGUGCUUUGACGAGUUCGCGGCCGGCCCCGCCUUUCCCGCCAUCGUCGUCUCUCGGUCGCUUAUCGAGGCCGGCAAGACGCCGCCGCAUACGAGCCUCGCGAGCAGCUACGAGGAGGCGCUAGAUAUUGCGCGCAACCAGGGCGUGAACGAGGUCUGGAUUCUCGGCGGCCAGCGCAUUUAUACCGAGGCACUGACAACAGCCGACAAGCUCUACAUCACGCGAAUCGAUGCCGAGUACGACGGCGACACCCUCUUCCCCGAGUGGGACAAGCAUUUUACCGUGUGCGAGUCGCGCGUUGAAGACGAAGACAACGGUGUCCAGCUCGCGUUUGAAGUGUGGUCGAAAGCUCAAAAUUAGGUUGAUUCUACCCGAGUGCCCACGGUACACAUACUUAUGACGUUAACCUAUACUAAGUACCGACUCGUAACUCAUACAAAGAUAAGCUGC